AUGGCGUGCUUUGCCGACACGCCGCCGUGCGACUCGGCGCUCUUCUGCUCCGGCCCGCUGCUCCAUGCCUUCCAGCUCUCGGGACUGUUCAACGAUUCGAAGACUUUUGUAGAUGCGCCGCUGCUGCCUGGAGUCACGCCCGCGGACGUGCUGGGGGUGUUCGACGCACUGAGCCCAAGUCAGAAGGCCAACGCAUCCGUACUCCAUGCUAUCUACCUCGCCCACUAUGACGAGCCUGGGUCGGACCUCGAGGCCUGGCUCCCACCUGACUGGCAGCCGCACCCGCCGCUGGUUGCCGCAGUCGCUGCCCGCUCGCCAAGCUACGGCGCAUGGGCGGCUGAUCUCAACGCGCUUUGGCACACUCUCGGCCGCAAGGUUGUCGCCGAUGUCGAGGACCGGCCCGACGCCCACUCGCUGCUCUACGUCCCCAACGGGUUUGUUGUGCCUGGCGGCCGCUUCCGCGAGUGGUACAACUGGGACACGUUCUGGAUCCUCCGCGGCCUGCUCGAGUGCGGCCUGACCAAGACGGUGGCGGGCAUGCUCGAGAACUUUGGCACCAUGGUUGAGACCUUUGGCUUUGUGCCCAACGGCGGGCGACGCUACUACAUCGAUCGCUCCCAGCCGCCGCUCUUUGCGCUCAUGGUUGCCGAGUACUACGAUGCCACCCACGACUUGGGCCUUGUCUCGACGCUCUUCCCGCUCAUCGCGAAAGAGUACGGCUGGUGGAUGACGGAGCGGGUCGUAACCACGUCGUCAGGCGAGAUGCUCAACAUCUACCGGCCCAAAGUCGGCAUGCCGCGCCCCGAGGGCUAUGUCGAGGACCUCCAGCAUGCCCAGGGUAUGGGCCCUGUCGACGCUGCGUGCCUCUACGCGCAGAUUGCCGCUGGUGCGGAGACUGGAUGGGACUUUUCCACCCGUUGGUUCGCCACGGGCUCGGACAUCUCGUCGAUCUGCGUCUCGUCGCUCGCGCCUGUUGAUCUCAACGCGUUCCUUUUCCAGACCGAGACUACCCUGGCGAGGCUCGCUACUGUGCUCGGCCGGUCGUCGGACGCGGCCAAGUACGCGGCCGCAGCCAAUCGCCGUGCGCAGGCCUUUGAUGCAUUUUUCUGGAACGAGGCUGCUGGCCAGUACGUUGACUAUAAUGUCUCGGCCGCAAGCCAGGUGCAACCGCCACACUCGGACUUUUACGUAGCGUCGAUGAUCCCAAUUUGGGCAGGUCUUGCUUCCGGCAACGCGAGCCGAAGCGCGCAGAUCCGCGACGCGCUGCAGGGACUCGGCGUCCUCGACUUUGCCGCCGGCAUCCCUACGUCGCUGGCCACCUCAGGCCAGCAGUGGGACAUGCCUAACGCAUGGGCGCCGAUGCAGUUCUUCUCGAUCUAUGCCCUCGAGGCACUUGGCGAGGCGAGCCUCGCCACCCAGCUCGCCAAAACUUGGCUCGCCUCCAACUAUGCGGCGUACAACUCGACCGGCCUGAUGUGGGAAAAGUACAACGUGCUCAAGUUUGGCAAGCCCGGCGGAGGAGGCGAGUACACCGUGGCCACCGGCUUUGGGUGGACCAACGGUGUGCCGCCACACUCGGACUUUUACGUAGCGUCGAUGAUCCCAAUUUGGGCAGGUCUUGCUUCCGGCAACGCGAGCCGAAGCGCGCAGAUCCGCGACGCGCUGCAGGGACUCGGCGUCCUCGACUUUGCCGCCGGCAUCCCUACGUCGCUGGCCACCUCGGGCCAGCAGUGGGACAUGCCUAACGCAUGGGCGCCGAUGCAGUUCUUCUCGAUCUAUGCCCUCGAGGCACUUGGCGAGGCGAGCCUCGCCACCCAGCUCGCCAAAACUUGGCUCGCCUCCAACUAUGCGGCGUACAACUCGACCGGCCUGAUGUGGGAAAAGUACAACGUGCUCAAGUUUGGCAAGCCCGGCGGAGGAGGCGAGUACACCGUGGCCACCGGCUUUGGGUGGACCAACGGUGUGGCGCUCGCGCUUCUCCGUGACUACUUUACGUAG